AUGAAAGUGGAUAAAGUGAUAGCUUACACAUACAAGUUGAACGAAGAGGCUAUGAAAGUGUUGGAAUAUUAUUCUUCAAUCGGACUGGUAGAGUUCUUGCCGUUUUCGUUGCCACAAAGAGAAAAGUAUCGCAGAGAUGUUGGAGUGAAAAACUUUAAUAGUUGGAACGACGAACAAGUUGCUGUUUUCGACUGUCAAAGCAGGCUAUCGGGAUACACCUAUACGGGCCUCUAUGACUUUGAUGAAUUUAUAUACCCUAAAAAUGCCAAGAACUUGAAAGACUUACUGAUGAAACUAGGAAAACUGUAUCCCAACUCAGCUGGCUAUACAUUUAAAACAGAAGUGUACGCGACAACGUGGGGUGAACGACAGAAUAACACGAUUGAAAAUGAUUUGACAAUUGGAAGAUAUAACCAGCGUGGCGACCCAAUGAGGGACAGGGUGAAGUCUAUCGUUAUCACUGACAGACUGAUGCCUGGACGAAUGUCAACGCACGGUUACUGGUCGAAGAAGCCGUAUAAAAAAUCAAUCGUCAAGGAGUCGUAUGCAGUCCUUAAACAUUACCGCACGUGCCGGAAAGAGUGGAUGAAAAACAACGGGGCCAUGUGUUACAAACUCAUCAAGCGACAUGAGGACAAUACCCUGGUCCAAGUCGCUGAUUUAAUUAGAGAGAACGUCAUAAACAUUAUGGAGAGAAUAAAAGAGGAAAUGAGUAAAAGUUCAUAUUGA